AUGGCCACUCUCAAGCUCUUUUGUCUGGUCGAUGGGGAACCGUCAUCGGGUGCAUUUCCUGUUGACAUUGCCGCAGCAAACACCGUUGGUGACCUCAAGGACGCUAUCAAGAUCAAAAUGACGCCCAAGUUUGACGACAUCGCAACAGCCGAAAAGCUCUGGCCAACAGCCAACACCUUGGACAUCUUCCCCGACAUGCCAACCAAGGAGACAGUACAUAUCAUUAUUCAGCGGCCUCCGCAAGUGCCACCACUUUUAAAAAAGAAGUGGACUGUCAAUGGAGCAAUCAGAUUCGACGAGGCACGAAAGACAACACGGCUAUACCGACUUGCACAUGAGUUGGCUGAAAUGGGUUAUCCCAUCCCGAAAGACGGCUCCAGUUUGCAGCACCGCCACAACCAGAAGGAAGUGGAGAGGUCGUAUGGAGAGGUGGAUCAAUGCCACGAAGACCACUACUGCUACAUACCCCAGCGCCCGAGCUCAGUUUAUGAAGCCUCUUAUGGACCCAAGGAGCAAACCGGAUGCAAAACAGUUCAAAGAUCAACAGCACCACCAUGA